UCUCUUAGCUGAAGAUACCAGGCAGCAUGGAUGCUCUAAGACUUCUCGUUACGUUCGCUGUUGUUGUAUGCAUUGUGACGGCGCAAAGGCCACGUGGUAUGGGUUCGAAUGCUGGAUCAACUUUGGACCCCAGAUUAUCCACUAGUAUGGGGGCCGGAAUGGGUACUGGGAGGGGACCAAAGACCGCUAAUCCUUCUAGUGGCAUGGGGAACAGACUUCUCAUGAUGAGUGUUCUCAGACAACAAGAGAUGCUGAUGCCGUACAUAAUGUGCAAAAGCUGCCUGGAAUAUUCACCCUUCUACGCCUGUGUGAUGAUGGAAAUGUGUACAUUCGCCAACUGAUUAGUGUUUAUGAAAAGACUAUAUUUAACAAGCAACCUCAUUUCCAUAUACGAGAUCAUUAAUUCCUAUUAUCAAACUAUGUUUUUGCUAUUUCUUGCCAACGGAACGCUGACAAUUCUAAGUGAUAUGUGUGUGUUGGAUUACAAGAUGAUUUAUAUAGUAUUAAAUAAAAUUAUUUGUUUUUAUUA